CCAAUGUCUACCGCCGUCCACGCUGCAGCCAUGGCGGAGGACGCCGCCGCCGAUCUGCGCCGGAGGAUGAAGGACAAGCGAGCCGCCAUCGAGCGCCGGAUCACCGACUCCCGGGACCGCGCCGCCGCCGCCUCCUCCGCCUUCAGCGCCGCCCUCCUCGAGGCGCGCUCCAUCGCCAACCAGACCGUCUCCAACCGAGCAAAACUCAGCGAACAAAAACAACACCUCAGGAAAUUAGAAUCAGAUCUAGCACAGGCCCUCUCCGUCCAAGCAAGCAGAAGGUCAAAACACAAGUUCAUGACUGAGUCGAUUUCAAACACCACUGCAACAAAUGAACAUCUUAGACACUUGGCUAUGGACCGUAGGUCUACAAGAGAUGAAUGCAUGAAUGCCAUAUCAAAUCAACUAAAAGAUAUUGAAUCCCUUGAAGCUGAAAGUGACGCACAUGGAGAUAAGAGCCUAGAGACGGCUCUUAUGUGGUAUGAUAAGUUUCUUGGUUUUCAAGUUGUUGGAGGAGAAGGGGUGAAAUUUGUGUUCAACAAAAUUGAUGUGCAAAAUCCUGACAAGAAGUAUUCUUUUUGCAUAAAACUUGCUGGAGAAAGAUACAUCUUAGUCUGGUGUGUUCCAUCUGUGGACGAUGCUGAAGAAUUGGUGAAGGAUCUUAACUGCAGCAAUGAUCUGUACAAAUUUGUGAGGGCCAUGAGAGAGAUGUUCCAGGCUGCUACAAUCAGUGGUAUUUUAUGCUACAUAUUCUCGUUACGUGUUUUGUCUUCAAUCAUGACAUAGGUUCCAAGCUCAGGACUAUUGGGCAUGGUUUGCGGUAGUUUUUUUUAAGUCUUUUGAACUUAGUUAGUUAUUUGGUGGUUUGUAAAUGUAGCAACCAACUCGUCGUUAUUAUUUAUUUGGAGUUAUGGUUUGCGUUUUUUUUGUGUGUGUGUGUGUGUGCAGGAAAUCUGUUGCCAAGCUCCUUUUGCCCCGACGUUUCAUCCAUAACAUCUUCAUCGUUCUCAGCGUUAUCACUGGAUUCCAGAAGUGAAAAAUAGCAUUAAUCAGAGUCAUACCAUGACAUUGACUUAGCAAUGGGCUGCGGAUAUCUGUACAGUACAAGUUGAAGCACUUCUGAAGCCCUCUUCUGUUACACACGCUAGCAGUGUUGUAUAAUGCUUGUCUGCUGCUUGCAUUUUGACUCCAAACUCGCAGUUUUGCUGUUUGUAACUUUGUACUAUUACCUAUCAUUCUUAAUAAUCAUGGUAAUGUUUGAGCCUUUUAGGUGCUCGAUCCCACUGAUUUUGAUC